GGCGGCGCUGGGCGGGGGCGGGCGGGCGGUGCGGGUGCUGCUGCCGCCGCCAUUUUGUCGUGGCUGUUGGUCGAGCGGCGGGAGCGGGCGGAGGAGUCAGCCCCGCACCCCGCAUCACCCGCUAGAGAGACCCACCGGAGACCUGGCGAACGUCUGCUUCGAUUCUCUUGAUCUGAAGAUGGCUGCACAGUCAGCACCGAAGGUUGUGCUAAAGAGCACCACCAAGAUGUCUCUGAACGAGCGCUUCACUAACAUGCUGAAGAACAAACAGCCGAUGCCAGUGAAUAUUCGGGCUACCAUGCAGCAGCAGCAGCAGCUGGCCAGUGCCAGAAACAGAAGACUGGCCCAGCAGAUGGAGAACAGACCUUCUGUCCAGGCUGCCUUGAAGCUUAAACAGAAGAGCUUAAAACAACGCCUCGGGAAAAGCAACAUCCAGGCCCGCCUGGGCCGGCCAGCGGGAGCCCUCGCUCGUGGAGCCAUGGGAGGGAGAGGCCUGGUGGCCAUGGGGCAGAGGGGGUUGCCCCGAGGAGCCAUGCGUGGUGCCAGGGGAGCACGAGCUCUGCUGAGAGGAGGAAUCCCACUCCGAGGUCAGAGCCUGCUUCGUGGAGGACGAGGGAUGUCCCCCAGGAUGGGUCUGAGGAGAGGUGGCAUCCGAGGGCGUGGGGGCCCUGGAAGAGGGGGCUUGGGCAGAGGAGCCAUGGGCCGUGGAGGACUUGGUGGCAGAGGUCGUGGCAUGGCAGGCCGGGGACGAGGAGGUUUUGGAGGUCGUGGCAGAGGGAGAGGACGAGGAAGAGGAUUGGCACGGCCCGCGUUGACCAAGGAGCAGCUGGACAACCAGUUGGAUGCUUACAUGUCUAAAACGAAAGGACACCUGGAUGCUGAGCUGGAUGCUUACAUGGCUCAGACAGACCCAGAGACAAACGACUGAAGGUGGUUCCAGAGACUGGUGGUGAAGUUGGUGUCUUAUGUCGAUGCCCAUAAGCUAAAAAUGGAAACCCUGAUUCAUGCUGGAAGGACCCGCAGGAAUAGGGAGCAGCCCUGUUCUACCCAGAGAUCAGCCUGUAGUGUGUUCCUUUACUGUUUUGAUACUCCCUGUUGUAUGAAACCUUUUUUUUUUAAUUGUUUUUUAUAUCUAUUUGGGGUUUUUCUGUUGUUUUCCCCUCAGUAUUCCAAACACCCACAUGACAGAUCUGCACCUACUCGGCGUUGGCGUGCUCGGCGGCUCUGGGGAUCGUGUGUUUCUCUGCUUCUUGAGCCUCAUCCUUGAGUUUUUCAGGGUCAGCCUUGUCCCCAGGUGUGACCAAAGGGACAAAUUGGCACCUGCUCUUCGCUUUAACCCAUCAGAAUCAGAACCUCUCCCAUCCAGGCCGAGUUCAGGCGCAGUGCUCCUUGCAGACACACUGAUCUUCACCAAAGCUUCUGUCCAUGCCUGGUGCAGAGCACUUCCCAGGUUGAAAAGUUCCUUGGUUUUCUUGGUUUUUUUUAAUAUAUAUAUAUAUAUAUUGUUGUUUUUAGAUGAAAGCUUGAAUUAUUUUUUUGCAUUGAGUUUAAGCAGAUGGCGCCUGCAUGGUUUCUGUAUCUGCAUCCCAGUGGUUUAUUUAAAGGAAUAGGAAGCAGGAACAUAAAGUUGAUGGCAAAG